GUUUUAGAGAGAAGUUUGUGGAGGAAACAAUCUGAGCAGCUUUUCAUGUUGCCCCCCUCAACAAGUUGAAGCAGUGAAGCGGAUUAAAGAAGAGCUGCUUUCACCAAACAGCCUGUUAUGGAAAUCCCUGCCAUAAAUCUAAAGGCCAUAGUACUGGUGCACUGGCUGCUUACAGUAUGGGGAUGCAUGGCGUGGCUGCCCACCUCCUUCGCUUGGGGGAACUUUGGUGUUUUAGCUGUGGGGGUCUGGGCCAUUGCACAGAGGGACUCGAUCGAUGCCGUUCUCAUGUUUCUGAUCGGGAUGGUUGUGACAAUAUUGACCGACAUCGUCCACUUUGGGAUCUUUUACCCGAUAAAUGACUUUGCAGCAGAAAGUGGAAGGAACGUGUUUCGCUUCAGUGCAGGCAUGGCCAUCCUCAGCCUGCUGCUCAAACCUGCAUCCUGCUUCUUCGUCUACCAGAUGUACCGCGAACGUGGAGGAGAUUACAACGUCAACUUUGGUUUCCCCUCUGUAUCACGAAACAGAGACGCCUACCAGUCCAUUGACCAACAGGACGAGUCCUCCAGCACGGCGAACCCCUUCAACCAGGCCCAGGAUAGCAAACCGCCUCCCCGCACUUAUUGAGAGAGCCAGACGGGGAGCAGAGCUGUGGUUUCCUCUGGAUUUUCAUGCAGCAGCAGCAGCAGCACAGUGCUCGGGGGCAAUUUUUUGCAAUUGAUUUCACCUUGGUCGCUCUGUUUUUGCACAAGUUUGACAGCAAAAUUAAUACUUUUAUUAUGUUAAAUCAUUAGCUCUGGUUGCGUUUAAACCCAUUUAUUUUUCUUCAAAGGUUGUAAUAUUAUUUUUUUGCUGAAGUGACACAUCGCUCGUGAAUAAAUCCAGAGGAAACACUGCUCAGCGUGUUGUGUUUAAGUCGUUACCACCUGCUAUUUUUAGUGGAGAGGUGUUGAAUGGAACUGUUGUGUGUGCAGCAGUUGUGGCAGUUUACUUUUUCCCUGGUGAGUCAUUUUUACAAAUAUGGCACUUACAGACAUUAAACUGUUUCCCUUUGUGAUCUGUAAAUUAUUACAUCUCCCUUGUUUGCAGUAUGUGAUUAUUAUUAUUAUUAUUUUCCAACUAGUCUUCCACUGUACGGUACAGCAAUGCUUGAAGAACAGGAGAGGUUUUUUGAUUUUUUUUUUUAAACAUGAGAACUGAAAUUAAUGUUCAGUGUCACGCUUUAGAAGCUGCCUUGUGCCUUUUGUACUUUUUCCAACUUAUAAGAGCUGUGAAAUCCUUCAACUGAGUUGGUGGCCAAAUUGAAAUGCCGGUCUUUCUUCUCGUAACUGAGCAAGAAAUGAGCAAGACCUUCAAGGUGCAGAGCUGUACACUGUUUACUUUAUAUUGAUGUGAACUUAAGCAAAGACAGUAUUAAGACUACUCUCAUGUGUGUAGCUCUGAUAAAUACAUUAAAAAAUAUGGACUUUUUGAAGAGAAAAAGAGAGAAAUAUGAAGAUUUUUUUGUAAGGAUUUAAGUUUAUGAUUUCCUAUUUCAAAAUAUUUUAAAAUUAUCAUUCUAGACUGCCAUAAACACUCUUUUGUAAUGUAAAACGUCAAUAAAUUACAUCCUGUGCAGCUUCUGA